AUGGACGGGUACGGCGCCGACAGCUUCUACCAUGGCGACAACGACGGCUACGGUGACGGCCACGGCUACGGCAACAUCGACGGCACCAGGGAGUUCCUGUCCCAGCCACACCCCUCCAACGUCAGAUAUCCUGCCUACAAUCGACCGACCUUCAACACCCCGGGUUCCAGCAGCUUCGCUUCUCCCAGGACGGGCAUGGCGGCUCUUGACCUCAACUCGCAGGGCGCCGAAUGGCCGCCCAUGGGAGGCUUCCAGGGGCUCCUUCGCUCUGGUGGAGAUCUCGACGGCCCCAAUGUCUCCCCUCCCGUUGACGCCCGCAGCGCAAGCCGAACCCUAGGCUUCCGGGCUCCUCGCAGCAAUACUGGAGGUGGAGCUGGGUCCGGUCGCGCUACCUCUACAGUCUCCUGCGGUGGACGUGUUGGUGGUGGUGUGCCUCCUGUCCCCGCUGUUGGUCGCGGCGUGCGUCGAGGGACCUCCGGCGUGGCACAACCCUUGACGGCCCGCGGCAAACAUCCUCGAGUGCCAGCCGUCGCCGAUGACAACUUCGCUUCCAACAUCGAACGACAUGAUAUUAGUAGUAGCAUAGAGAUGAUAUCUGAAUAUCUUAGUAUCUACUGGAGUUUUAGGGACUUAAUCUGCUUCCAAGAUAAGUGUAAUAAGCUUGGUAAAAGUAGGGCUGAUUGGUCAGAGGAGAACACCGAUAAGCUAUGUAGGAUCUGGUGUAACCAGAUUGACAUUGGUAAUUGCACGAAAGGUACAAUGACCAAAACAGGAAUGAAGGAGGUCAUUAGGCAGUACCAUGCAGCUACUGGUAAGAUGCACGACAGAGAACAGAUCUCCAGUAGGUACAGGCAACUCAGGGCUCUGUGGGGUUUCAUCAAGCAACUGAAGACUGACACAGGACUAGGCCGUAACUCUGAUGGCACUGUGAUUGCAGAUGACGAUUGGUGGGAGUCAAAGACUAAGGUUCAUGCUCAUAUCUUCUAUGUUCUUACUGCACUGUCAAUGAUGUUCUCUUCUCAUACUACCAAGUGCUGCAGGGGGGAUUUUGAUUAUGGAUUCUGGAUUCUGCAUUCCGGGGAGAACUAA